CCCUCAGCACACAGACACACGCUCACUCUCCCUAAAGGAGGGAGCGAGGCAGAGACACAGAGAGGGGAUUGAGAGGAGCAGAAGAGGAGAGGCUAUCUCCGGGCUGCUCUCCACUGCAGCGUCUGGCUUUCACUAAAAGGUCCGUGACCGUGUUUUUCCUGCGCUUGUUUGCCUAAUUUAUUCCUGCCAGGGCCAGCAGAAAGAAAGGCGGAAAGAAGAAGAAGAGGAAAAAAAAAAAAAAAAAAGGACGGGCAGAAUAGUAAAGAGUGCAACAGUACACCCUGACUCGCUGACAGGGAAUGCAGAGGAGAGGUUCUGGCCUCUGGUUGUUACUGCUGGAUGGACAAGCACUGACAAAACAAGAGAAGAGGGAGAGGGAGACAACACUUUGUGGAGCUUUGAGAGAAGAGAGAGAGAGAGAGGCAACUGCCACUAAGGAGAUUACUCAACAGCUUUUGUUUUGGCUUGUUUUUUUUUUUUUCUCCUGUGACAUUUGAGCCUCUGACACCACAGACUCUGAGGACUUGGACGAGCCACAAGAAAAGCAUAAUUUCACCGCAGACAAGAGAAGAGGACGACUUCUUUGAUGAACUCUGUCGCUGCACAAACCACAUUUUUCUAGGAGUGAAAAGAGUGUAUUGUCUUUCUAACCACUCUUCUAAUUUUAAUAUCAAGUGUGGGAUCAGUGUCUACAUGCGGUUAUUUUGAAGACACAAAGGUGUUGCUGAGCCAAAACGCUAGUUGUGUAUAAAAGCUGAAGAGACACUGAACUCAUCUACUCUCAGAAAACCAAAGAAAAAGGACAAAAUCCAAUUCCAAAAUUACCUAGACGUCUUCUUUUUUUUUUCUUCUUUUUUUUCCUUUUGGGACACGUGUAUGACCAUUUUCAGAGCAAAAUACUAUCUUAUUUUCCUCUUCAUCACUAACACCUCUGGUUCUGUAACAGCCUCGACAAGUCAAGAGUGCGUCUGGACUAGAACUGCCUCAGAUCAGCAGAUAACACCUCUGCACGCCAGGAACUGGUUGGACUAGUUUAUAAGUUGGAGGAGAGGGCAGGGCAGUUUAACCCUGCCUGAAGGAGAGUUGUGUUUUAUUUUCCUCCCACUUGCUUGUCCUUUUGGGAGAAAGUCGUGCGCUGAGAGAGAGAGAGAGACAGAGAGCGAGAGAGGGGCUGAGCUUCUUUUUUAUUUGGAGAGCGACUCUACUUUUGUCCCCUCGCCACUUUGCUUAAGGAUAGGUGAGGUAUUUUUUUUUCCUCACUUCUUCCAGUCAGGGAGACAGAGAAAGUGAGAGGGAGGCAAGAAAGAAAGAAAGAAAGAGGGAGUCAAAGUGUAAUUUAUUGUUUCCUGUGAAAAGAGCAAGGCUGCACCCUUUUCUCCUGCUUGAACUCUGAACCACUAAAUGUGUGCCAAGUUUUCUCAGACCUUCGGAGCCAUUGAUCGGAGGUCAGGGCAGAAAACGCACGGGUGAAAGACAAGAACAGAGAGCAGAGGGAUUAAAGAAGAGAGAAAAAAAGCACUGAGAAGGGCCUCUGGGUCAGUCCGAGCAGACGGCAAAGGGGAGAAAGGUCAACGUGUUGGAACCCUGGACAACUCGUCUUCAGAUUUCUGGACAAAGCCUGCCUUGAAUUACAAAACCUGGAGUCACUGUCUUUUGAGUCUGGAAUCAGUUUGUUAAGACUUUGAGGGUAGUUGGGAGCUGGGGGACAGGGCGGGUCUGUGUAUGAUCCACUCACAGGACUGCGUGUCUCAGAGAGAAUAUGGCCAUGGUGAGCGGGGGAUGGGGCAACCCCAACGGGGACACUAAUGGACUAGGGGAGAAGGCUUACCUGAGGAGGGAGGAAGAGGACGGAUCGCCCCAGGCUGGGAGCAGUGAUGUGGACGUCGGGGAUGAGGACAAGGCCUGCGUGGUGGACUGCGUGGUGUGCGGUGACAAGUCCAGUGGGAAGCACUACGGCGUGUUCACCUGCGAGGGCUGCAAGAGCUUCUUCAAGAGGAGCAUCAGGCGAAACCUCAGCUACUCGUGCAGAUCAAAUCGAGAAUGCCAAAUCGACCAGCAUCACCGCAACCAGUGCCAAUACUGUCGGUUGAAGAAAUGUUUCCGGGUUGGGAUGCGCAAAGAAGCUGUCCAGCGGGGUCGGAUCCCUCCAUCUCACUCAGGUAUCAGUCCAAACUCCCUGGCGGGUGGAGUUGGAGGUGCAGGGCCCGGUCACAUCGGGACAGAUUAUUUCAACGGGCAGCCGGUUUCAGAUCUCAUCUCCCAGCUCCUCCGGGCUGAGCCGUACCCCAGCAGCCGUUACGGGACCCCUUACAGCCAGGCACAGAUGCAGGCAUCUGCGAGUGGAGCCUCGGUCAUGGGCAUCGACAGCAUCUGCGAGCUGGCCGCCCGGCUCCUCUUCAGCACCAUCGAGUGGGCCAGAAACAUCCCAUACUUCCCAGAGCUGCCAGUCUCAGAGCAGGUGGCACUGCUUAGGCUGAGCUGGAGCGAGCUCUUCAUCCUGAACGCUGCUCAGUCCGCUCUGCCCCUGCACAUGGCACCUCUGCUGGCAGCUGCCGGGUUUCACUCGUCCCCGAUGUCUGCUGAGCGCGUGGUGUCCUUCAUGGACCAGGUCAGGAUUUUUCAGGACCAGGUGGACAAGCUGAACAGGCUGCAGGUGGACUCAGCCGAGUACAGCUGCCUCAAAGCCAUUGCGCUGUUUUCACCUGAUGCAUGCGGUCUGACAGACCCAGCCCACGUAGAGUCCCUGCAGGAGAAGGCCCAGGUUGCCCUGACAGAGUACGAAAGGUUGCAGUACCCCAACCAGCCUCAGCGAUUCGGCCGCUUACUGCUGCGCCUCCCUGCUCUGCGUGCUGUGCCGGCCAACCUCAUCUCCCAGCUCUUCUUCAUGCGGCUGGUGGGCAAGACGCCCAUCGAGACGCUGAUCCGAGACAUGCAGCUAUCAGGGAGCUCCAUCAGCUGGCCCUAUGCACCGGGACAGUAAACCCCAGUGACUUCCAGAGUGAGACGAGACAGAGAUCAGAUGGGGAGGAUACAGAGCUCACAAAGAUCACAUACAAGUACACACUGAAUGUUAUGAAUACAAACUAGGAUCCUAUUUGUGAGUGUAGAGGUCAGUUUUUCCCCACAUUAGCCCUGUAAAGUUUGGUGGUAGUCACACCAAAGCUGCUUUCAGGGAAACAAAAACGUAUGUUUGUCUUUAUGUUUGCUGCACUUGACAGUUUUCUCUGACCUCCUUCUGAUCUCUCUUCGUCUCAUUCUGGACAAAAAAACAGGGCUUGAAUUGAAAAUGCAGACUCUAACAUGAGGCCAUGUGCCUGUACUACCUCCUCCCAUCUCACCCCUUAUGUGACUCAGUUUGAACCCAGGCGCUGUGUGUUUUCACUCUGCUUUGUUUUUGAGUCAAAAUGAAGCCAUAGCAGUGCCACUUUUACAGACAAAGCUUUAUACAUCAUCACAACUGGGACAUAUUGUGCACGUUGUGUAAUGUUUGAUACGUGGGAUGAAAUAUCAGACUUUGUUACCAAAUGUAUUUGUGAAGACUGUAGUCUGUAUCACCUUGUACAGCAUUAAAACAAAGAAGAGGCAUGAGCAUUGCAUUGUAUAUUGUACUAUAUGAAGUACAACCAAGAAAUAUUUUGUAUGUUAUAUACUUAAAGGGAUAGUUCAACAUUUUGGGGAUUGUGCUCAUUUGCUUUCUUGCUGCAGAUUGAUACAAUUUUUAUGACUGUGCAGUUAAUAUGAAGCUAAAGCCAGCAGACACUUAGCUUAUCUUAUCUUAGCUUAGCUUAGCUUAGCAUAAAGACUGUAAACAGGGGAAAACAGCUAGCCUGACUCUGACUGAUGCUAGCAAAAUCCACCUUCUAGCAAUUCUAAUGCUGUUAGUUAACACGCUCUAUCUCUUUUAUUCAGUGUGUACAAAAACCAAGUUGUGAAAACAACAAUUUACCGUUUUAAACAGGGUUAUGUGCCAGACUAUUUCUUGGCUCUGAGCAGUUGCCAGGAAACCAGUGGAGACUCCAGAAAGUUACUGGUACAUGCCAAGAAAUAGCACAUAACACCUGUAAACCACUGAACUGUUGUUUCCACGCUUCUUGUUUUUGGUCAGAAAUAUAACCCUCACAAACAACCUUCAGCAGAGUAUAUUUUACCUUGCACAAAACCAGGCUAGCGUUUUCCCCGUUUCCAGUCUUUAUGCUAAGCUAAGCUAACAAGCCCCUGGUUCCAUCUUGUUAUUUACUUUCCAGAACAAGUAAGCAAAUGACUGUAUUUCAGAAAAUGCUGAACUAUUCCUUUACGAUAGAAACAAUAACUUUCUUGCAGUAGGAAUCAACAAGAAGUGGAGGUGAACGUGUUCAGACUCACCCUGGCUCCUCAAACAGUCACAUCCCUGUCUAACAUUAUUACCUCAUGUUUUAUACAUCAAAGAUUGUAUCGCGAACUGUUCAUGUACUAAAGUUAACGACAAAGGGAUCAAGUUAUCAUUAUCACAGAAACCAUAAAUAAUAAUAUUCCCCUAAAAACCUGUCUGUCCACCAGAUGUUGGCCAAAAUAUAUUUGAAAAUGUUUUAAAAUGUAAAGUUUGAUGUAAGAGGACACCUCAAGUUCAACAGAUUACUUACAGAAAGCUACAGAGUCAAAUAACUCUGGCUUUGCUGCUUAAUCUCUGCAAACUGGACGCUGUUUCUUUUGCUUUUAUAAGGGUAGAGGUAGUUCACUUUGAUUUUUUUUCUCACUUUUUUGAUCCUCUUUUAAAAGCACAUCCUAACGGACAGAGGUCACUUUCAGAUCAUUUCUACACAUAUGCAAGGUACUCUGAGUGUUGAGGUGUAAAGGUUACGGUGUUUGUUGGUACUGAGAUAAAGGGUACUAAACAGUUCAUGAGUGUUGGUGCCAUGAACUGCAGGUCCAUGUGACAAACGUUUGUCUUGCCAAAUUAAUUGACUGAAAGACAAUGUCAGGAUAAACAUGUUUUUUCGGUUUAAAUGUAUGUAUUGCCUGUCAUUACAUCAUCAAAAUGGCGACAACCACCAUGAUCCCUGAUGCUGUCAAACAACUUCGUCAGCAGCUCAACAUGCUGUCCCUGAAUCACUUUGUGUUACUUGUUGGGAUAUAAACUAUAGUGAUUUGACUGUGUAGUUUUAUGUUGUUUCAAUGACCAUGCCAAAACUAAAAAAGAAAUUACAAAAGAAGUUCAUAUGGCUGACUGGUUAUUUUUGCAUUAUUGAAAAUAAAAGUAUGCACAUUCCUUCUGUG